AUGGGCUCUAGUCUGACACUGUGUUGCUGUCGGUAUUAUCUCAAACCCAGUCGGGAGGAGAAGAGCGCCAUUUUAAGGUAAACCACCACCACAGCCACUCGUCCUCCGGAGCUCCAGUCCAGUGAAUCCACCGACAGUGACCCAGAGGAGAGCAUCUUUGGGCCUCAGUCUUCCAGGAGGAACCCUUGGAACGACCCCCCUGAGCAGAAGCAGAAGCAGAAGGGCCAUAGGAGCUCUGUGGAGGUGUGGUCCAUGCACAAAACACGGAGUAGAGGAUCAAAAAGGAGGUCCUCUGACAGAGAGCUGCAGGCUUUUAUCAACAUGAGGGACAAGGCUGAUAAAGCUACUGAGGAAUGGGAACAGCUGAAUUUUGACAUCCACACACUGAGGUACACAAAAAGAGAGGUCAGAGCUCGGUGGGAGAAAAUAUUACUUCAACUUGGUUAUCAGUGUGAGGUGGAGAACUUGCUUAAUGUGAAUAAACAGAGUCGGUUCAGCAGGGACCAGGAACACCUGUCCAGAGCCAUUGAGCUGCUCAAAUAUCUGCUGGAGCACACCAGUCUGUUCCCCCCAGGCACAGGGCACCACAGCAAAUACCUCUAUGUCAUGGAUCGCCUGGUGUCACUGGACAGCGCUGAGGACUUUGUAAAUCUGGCCAAACAAAAAUAUCCAAAGAAGGAUGGGUGAAAGCGACUGAA